AUGAGGACUUCUACUGCUUUGCAGGUCACAAUGGUGAUUCAGGAGUCAAUGAGGUUAUACCCUCCAUCUCCAUUCAUUUCAAGAGAGGCACUUGAGGACAUAAAGUUUGGGAAUAUCAACAUUCCAAAAGGAGUCAACCUCUGGAUUCCAAUCACUACGUUGCAUCGGAUGCCUGAAAUCUGGGGAGCAGAUGCUGAUGAGCUCAAGCCGGAGAGGUUUGCGCGUGGCAUCUUUGGUGCUUGCAGCUUUCCACAGGCUUACAUACCUUUCACAACUGGCCCUCGCAUAUGCUUGGGACAGAAAUUUGCAAUGGUAGAACUUAAAAUUCUUCUCUCCCUUCUUUCCAAGUUCACAUUCUCUCUCUCCCCUAAGUAUCAUCACUCCCCUGCCUUCAGAAUUACUGUGGAGCAGAAGUACAGGAUGAAUCUCGUAAUAGAAAAAGCACAAUGA